AUGGCCACGGAGAAGCAGCCAGCCAGCUUGUCGGCGGAUGAGGGCGUUAGUCCCGUCGUCGAAGAGAGAGGACACAGCUCUGCGGACCUGGAGAAAGACGCCAUCUCCAGCGAUGCUCAGGCUGGUGUUCGAGCCAUCGAGGCCGCGCAGCUCGUCUGGCCAAAGUCGCACCUCAUUGGAGCCUAUGUCUUCAUCUGGCUCAUCUACUUUGUCACGUCGCUGCAGGAGGUGUGCGCCAGGGCGUACAGCCCCUUCGUUACCAGCACCUUCUCUUCCCACAGUCUGACUCCCGUGGUGUACAUUGUCUCAAGCAUUCUUGGCGGCGUCUCCAAGCUGCCCCUGGCCAAGAUUCUUGACAUUUGGGGUCGGCCACAGGGCAUGGCUCUCAUGCUCCUCAUCUGGACGAUUGGCUUCGUCAUGAUGGCUGCGUGCAAGAAUGUUACGCAGUACGCGGCCGCCUAUGUGUUUUCCACCGUUGGUGCGCAGGGCAUCAGCUACUGCAUCACCGUCUUCGUUUCCGACACGACCAGCUUGAAAAACAGAGGUCUGAUGCUCGCCUACGCCACCUCCCCCUACAUUGUGACGACCUGGGCCGGCGGUCCCAUCGCCGACAGAUUCAUCAUGAACGGAGGUCCUGGUUGGAGAUGGGGCAUGGGCAUGUGGGCCAUCGUCACGCCCGUGAUUGUCACCCCCUUGAUUCUCAUCUUUAUUUACAACCAGCACCGUGCUGAAAAGAUGGGUCUCAUCCAGCCGCGCCAGUUUGGAAAGAUUACCUUUACCCGCGUCAAGGAGGCUGUGAUCCAGAUGGAUCUCCUCGGCAUCUUUAUCCUCGGCGUCGGUCUCUCCAUGUUCCUUGUUCCCAUUGCCAUCUACAAGUAUCAAGCCGACGAAUGGCGCUCACCGCUCAUCAUCUGCCUUCUCAUCUUUGGCGGUCUCCUCGUGGCCGGCUUUGUUGCCUAUGAGAAGUGGCUCGCCCCCGUCAACUUUGUCCCUGCCCACCUCCUCCGCCACCCCAACGUUCUCCUGGCCGGCAUCAUGCUCACCCUCAUCUUUGCCAGCGCCAUGGUCUGGGGCAACUUCUUCUCGUCCAUGUGCAUGGUCGCCUGGAACACCACCGUGACCGAGGCCACGUACAUCUCCAACAUUUACCGCACCGGCAUGUGCUUCGCCUCCAUCCCCCUCGGAUGGGCCAUUCGAAAGACUCGUCGCUUCAAGUGGGUUGCCGUCUACUACUCGCUGCCGCUGAUGCUCCUCGGCAUCGGCCUGAUGAUUGAGUUCCGCCGCCCCGACGUCAACAUUGGCUACAUUGUCAUGACGCAAAUCUUUGCCUCGUUUGCCGCCGGGCCCUUGGUCGUCGCAUCCGAGCUCGCCAUGAUGAGCCAGGUCACCCACAACCAGAUGGCUGCCAUCCUCGCCAUCCUGGACCUCUUUGGCAGUGUAGGCACAGCAAUUGGCUCCACUGUUGCGUCGGCCGUCUGGACCAACGUGUUCCCCGGGGCCAUCCGGGACAGGCUUCCCCAACUGACCGACAUGCAAGUCACCAGCAUCUCUGGAAGCAUGUACACGCAGCUCGGCUACCGCAAAGGCACACCCAUCCGUCUCGGCAUCUCAUGGGCCUAUCACGACGCGCAGCAAGUCUUGUUGAUCAUCAGCAUGGUCAUGAUCGGCUGCGGCUGGAUCUUGACAUGGUUCUGGAAGAACACCAGGUUGUCAGACAAGCAGUCCCAGCACUAG